AUGUCGACGAUUAAAGUAACUUCAUCUCAGUCACCAAUUUCUCGAUCCUCUCGUAUAGGCAUAAUUGGGGCUGGUCCGGCGGGUAUUUCAAUUGCUCACUUUUUACGUAAAGAGGGCUACUCAAAUGUCACAUUACUGGAAUCCGCUCCCCAUAUAGCCGGAAAAAGUUCUACUUUUUAUCACAAUGAUCGUGGUUAUGAUGUUGGUGCUUUAAUGGUGGGUCACAAUUAUUCACUAGUCAAAUCUAUCGCGGCUGAACUUGAUUGUCCUCUCGAAAAAUUUUAUUGUGGUGCUUUGGACAUUGAUAAGAAUAAUUUUAUGAUUGAAAAUGUUUGCCAUAUUGGAGUUAUUUCCGAUUCUUUUUCAAAAAAUAUGUCUCAUUAUUUAGAGGAAAAAAAGCUUUUUGAAAAAGUUACCUUGCCUGGUCAUGGCGAUCUAAGUGAAAAUCAUUUAUAUGCUCCCAUUUCUCAAUAUUUAAAAGAUCGAAAAUUGGAGUAUCUGAAAGAUGCUUGGGCUUUGGCAUAUACCUCUGCUGGAUAUGGUUAUAUACAAGAUGAUAUACCGGCUGCAUACUUCUUAAAAUUUAUUCAAAAUUCGGAAAAUACUAUUUGGCGUUUCAAAAAUGGAUUUCAAGAUUUCUGGAUUAAAAUGUCUAAGGGUCUUAAUGUUAUAUGUGAAAAUGAAGUAAUAUAUAUUGACCGUUCUCUCAAAAGCCAAAACCUUGGCCCGAUUCUAGUCACCGUCCGAAAUACUAGUUCAAAUUUCUCUCAGACACUUGCAUUCGAUCAGAUCAUAAUUGCCACUAAUCCUCGACAAACCGUUCAAUUUCUUGAUCCCUCACCUCUUGAAACACAUCUUUUUUCUCAAAUAAUUACAUUUGAUUAUUAUACAAUAAUUGCAACUGUGGAAGGUUUAUCUACAAAAGUUGGAAUGACUACAAUUCCUAAACAUUGCAGCUCCAAAGAAUUUGUUGGACAUGUUACUGCAUAUUAUUGCGCCUACGAAGGUGUAGAUACUUAUUUAUUUUAUGCUUAUGGUAGCAAGGAGAUUGACCAAGAACAAGUUACUGAAAUCUUUAAAGAAGACUUAUUAAAGAUGGGCGGCAAGCUAAAAGAGAUUCAUUAUAAUCAACGUUGGGACUUCUUUCCGCACGUCUCAUCGCUUAGCAUGGCUAGAGGUUUCUACAGCAAAGUAGAGAACAUGCAAGGCCAAGAUGGAACUUACUAUGUUGGUGGCUGGCUUGACUUUGAACUUACGGAAAAUUGCAUUUCUUACAGUAAAGAUCUUGUUAAUCGAUUCUUUAAUCCAAUGACCAAUUCACAAGAAAUUCUCCAUUUACCAAUCCGUCCAAAAUUUGAUGUCAAACCUGUUUCUACUGCAAAUUGGGGAACCGUGUUACGCCUCUCCGCGAAGCGAUUCCCUGAUAAGGUUGCGUUCAGUUGGGUUGAUGUUAACGUUCGAGAGGAGGCUAAAAUCACUUUCUCUGAAUUAUAUCGUCAAGCUCGUGCUGUCGCGUAUUACCUUCGUCACACAGCCAAUCUUAAAAUUGGGGAUCCUAUUUUACUUUGUUAUGCACCUGGUCUAAAAUUCCUUCCGAUUCUUUUUGGAUGCAUGUUGGCUGGUAUAGUGGCCGUGCCUAUAGCUCCGCCGAACCUUGCAACUGCCGAUAAAGAUAUAGCAAGAUUUAAAUAUCUUUCUAAAACCACCAACGCAAAAAUAGUAUUUAGUGACAAGAAUUAUAUGCUCUACACGAGACUCUAUGCAGCAAAAAGCUUUUUCGGAAUGGCCAAUAAAAUAGAUUGGCCAGAAGGACUGGUAUGGGUUGAAGGGGAAAAGGUCACAAGUUCAAAAGAUCUUUUUGAUGAGAAAUUGAUUGAAGAAGUUGAUUGUGAAAACGUUGCAGUAAUUCAAUUUUCGUCUGGUAGUACUGGUGAUCCAAAAGGUGUCAUGCUCACCCAUAAGAAUUUACUUCAUAACGUGGACCUUAUGCAACAUGAGAUUGGUUUGAAUGAAGACUCUAUGAUCGCUUUUUGGGUACCUCAAUUUCACGAUCUUGGACUUAUUGGUGGAUUCCUCAAUACUGUUCGAGGAGCUUGUCAAUCAUGUGUUAUGUCACCUUUAACGUUCUUGCAAAAACCCGAAUGUUGGCUUCAAAUGAUUACCAAAUAUAACGCCACUUAUACUGCGGCACCAAACUUUGCAUACGAAUUAGCAACACGAAAAUGUGACGAAAAAUCGGUCGCUUCGCUAAAUCUAAGUUCUCUUCGGGGCGCAUUCAAUGGUGCAGAACCAGUUCGUUGGUCAACGCUUCGGUCAUUCGCUAAGAAGUUUGGUCCGGCUGGAUUUAAACUUUCAAUGUUUAAAUGCUUAUACGGUUUAGCCGAACAUUGUGCUUAUUCGGUUGGCUUCCAAAAUCUUUAUGACGUUCCUACCGUACUUGAUAUUGAUCCGCAAAUUUUGCGACAAGGUCAUGUGAUUGUUAGGUCAAAGUCCGAACAUCCAAAUAAUAUAGUUUCAACUGGCGUACCUAGUCCGAUAAUGCAGGUCGAAGUUAGAGUUGUGGAUCGAGAAACUAGACAACUCUGUUCACCUUGCAUUGUAGGAGAAGUCUGGGUUUCUAGUCCAAGUGUUGGUAAAGGUUAUUAUGGAAAAGAAGAAAUAUCUGAAGACAUAUUUAGAGCAAAAUUGAAUAAUAGUGACCACGGCAAUUGGAUAACUGACAACGGAAGUUUCCUAAGAACAGGUGACCUUGGAUUCCUGUAUAAUGGAGAACUUUUCAUAACUGGACGAGAAAAAGACGUUAUUAUAAUUAAUGGCAAGAAUCAUUAUCCACAAGAUAUUGAAGUUUCUGUUCAAGAAUGUCAUGAUGAAAUCAGACCGGGAUGUGUUGCAGCACUUCACCAUUCUGAUACUGAAACUGGUACAGAUUCGCUUAUAAUCCUCGUAGAAAUUCGCAAUAAAAAAGAUACUAGAUCGGAAUUCUUACAGUUUAUUAUUGACGAAAUUGCUCGAACUGUUCCUGGAAAACAUGGACUUUCACCUCAACGAAUCGUUAUUCUCAAGCAACAUAGCAUUCCAAAGACAACAAGUGGUAAACUUCAACGGUCAAAAGCAAAAGAUAUGUUAUUAUCUGGUCAUUUAGAUAAAAGGAUUUUACUAAGCGCGGGUGAAAUUGUUGUUGAACCGGAUUUUGAAGGACUGAGUUCGAAACGUUCGAGUCGUGUCGAGGAUCCAAAAAAGGUUAUGGAUGUUUCACAAAUCGAAAAAAAGAUUGCCGUUCAUGUUCAUCAAGUUUCCAAAUUGGCAUCGAAAUUACCGAUUAAUGAAAUUGAUAUGAAAGCCAAUCUUAUAACUGUUUAUGGGUUUGAUUCUCUUGGAGCCGUUCAAUUAACUGCUUGUCUCAAAGACGAAUUUGGUCUAGAACUUGCACCUGCUCUUAUUGUGGAUCAUUAUACAAUUUCUGAUUUGGCAAUUUAUAUUCAUCAGCGACUAAAUGAAAAGGAAAAGGUUGUUUUGUGUGAGAAUGCAAAUGAAGUAAUGCCUCUUAAACAGAUUCAAAGUAAAAUUGCGAGUCAAGUUCAUGCCGUAUCUAAAGUUGCAGCAAAGAUUCCAUUGGAUCAACUUGAUUUCAAUGCUAAUCUCAUUACCGAUUAUGGAUUUGAUUCGCUUGCUGCUGUGCAGUUAACUGCUUCAAUGAGUCAAAUUUUUGGUAUUGAGAUAGCUCCAACAUUAUUAUAUGACAUUCACACUAUUAAUGAUCUGGCAAACCAUGUUCAUAAACAACUUUCAGAAAAUAACCCGUCUGAGAAAAUUUCACAAUCACAUGAACUUUCAAACAAGGCUCCAAAGGAGGCACCGCGUUUGAUACCCUUGGCUCCACGUGCCAUAAUAAAUAAACAUAAUCCAACUCUUUACUGCGUUCAUCCACUUUUAGGAAAUGUUGCUAGCUAUGUUCAUUUAUCUCGUCAUCUUGGAAUCACUCGUCCUGUAUACGGUAUUCAGGCUCCUAACGAUGUUGAAAGUGACAUUCCAUCAAUGGCCGAGAGAUACGUUAAGGCUAUUCAAGAUGAACAAUCAUCAGGUCCUUAUUUCUUAUGUGGAUAUUCUUAUGGUGGUCUUAUCGCAUGGGAAAUGGCUAGAAUAUUACAAAAAUCCGGAUCCAAAGUCGGAGGAUUAUAUCUUAUUGAUGCACCAUCACCACUAAUGAAUCGUGUUCGUCCACCACUUAGUGCAUACAAUGAACCACAUAAAAUCUGGGAGUCAGAUAUUGAACAACUCCUCACAGAUGUUGAUAGCCAAUGGAUGCAUCGUCAAGAAUUUAGUGAUCCAGUAGAAACCGAAGCUUUCAAAAGAAAAGUUGGUAUAUUAAUAGCAUCAAUGUAUAGUCAUACAGCAGAUAUUACUACCAUGGACUCAAUUCAACCAUUCCCAAUUCAUUAUUGGAGAGCAAAAGACUUUGCCGGAAAAACGAGUAAUUUAUUACUUGAUCAUCCAUUAUUUAAUGAGCCGAAUUUCGGAUGGGAACGUUAUCAAGGCAACAUUACAUUUCACCGACCGAUUCCUGGAAAUCAUUAUACAAUUCUUCGAGAAGAAACAUCAGGAAGACUGGCGAAAGAAAUUGAUACGCAUAUGCCACAUAACAGUAAGAGAAGUAGCAUGGAUUUAAAACCAUUAAUGCUUGAAAACGUAGCAACUACACCAUCGAGUAGAUCAAGUAGUGCGCCAACUUCUGCAGCAUCUCGAUCAUCAUCAACGUCAGCAUUCCCGUUAUUUAGAACCGGAAAUAAUGGUCCCAUGAGUAAAAAAGACGUUGCAAAAAUGGCCAUGAGUAUACAAAUUCCAUUACCAGUUGUUCUAGUUGGAAUGCUUGUGUGCGCAUG